AUGAGCUCCGUUAUCACCUCAAUCUGUCCUUCCUCCCACCGCUACUGUAACUACCAUCGCGCUGGCAGGGCAACAUGGAGACUGGCUGCCUGGGGCCUUGUACCUAUCAUCGUUCUUCUUGGUUUGUAUUACAGGGAGGUAAGGAAGAAGUUGCCCCCACCACCUGGGCCGCCGUCGUCUCUGUUUGGCGGACCGACACUUCCUGACCCUUAUCGUUGGGUAUCGUACGCGAAAUGGGGCGAGGUUUAUGGUAUGUCCUUGUUUAACUGGCCAAUGGUUGAAAGGCCAUAUAAACUUGGUGCUCUUUGGGGGAUCCUAGGUGAUCUUGUAUACUGGAAGACACUCGGGAAGCCAGUGUUGGUUUUAAAUUCCCGAGAAACGAUGGACGAUCUCCUCAAUGAACGAGCGAGCAUUUACUCGUCGAGGCCGUAUCGCGCGAUGGUUUAUGAUGUACUUGGCGUCAACUACCUGAUCAGCUCGAUGCCGUACGGCGAACGGUGGAAGUCGACGUAUGUCCACUCGAUGCUGAGGGGGCUGCUGGAAGAACCUACGGAUUAUGUUGCCGUCAUCCGAAGGAACGCUUCAGCUGUGACUCUGGGAUUGGUUUAUGGCCAUGAAGUUGCUGAAGAAGGUGACCUCUACGUCAAUCUUGCGGAGACGGUUGCGAGGAAUAUUUCCCAAGUCGCUUUGUAUGGGUCGUACAUGGUCUUGGAAGGGGAAGCAUCCACCUGCCUCGUCACUGAAGAACUGGAAGAUAUCUGGGCAGGAGCCAGUACUUUCACUGAAGAAAUCGUCAAGAACACUGCGGCGAGCGCUUUUGCGGCUGGCUCGGACACCGUUGUGUCUGGAGUACUGUCCUAUCUCUUGGUCCUCGCGAACUUCCCGGAAGUACAAAAGGUUGCGCAAGAAGAACUUGAUCGCGUUUUGGGCGGGCGUCUGCCCACCCUUAAGGACAGACAGGAUCUACCUUUGAUCGUACUCCGCUGGAAUCCUGUCGGACCGCUAGGCGGAACAAUCGUCGUUCCUAACAUCUGGGCCGUAUUUCACAACCCGGAACUCUACCCCGACCCCUUUACCUUCAAGCCAGAUAGGUUCGUCGAUCGUGAAGGCAAUGAUGAGCGCGGGAUCAACCCCAUUCCCGAUAUCAUCUUUGGUUUUGGUCGACGGUUCUGCCCAGGCCAACAUGUAGCACUCGACUUUACGUUCCUGGUGAUUGCGUCAAUAAGCGCUGUGUUCGAUAUUACAAAGGCCGUUGAUAAGGAUGGAAAUGUGAUUGAGCCGAAGAUUGAAUAUGAGCCGUUAGUUGUCAGUCAUCCCAAACCUUUCAAAUGCACCAUUCGUCCAAGGAGUAAAGAGUCUCGGGAGGUAGUCCAGCAAACUGCUCUGAAUGUCGAGUGA